AUGCGCCUAAGCUACAUUCUGCUCGUGGUGGCAGCUACUCUUGCCCUAGAAGUUAGGGGUGCAACGCUUUCCAAGACAAGUAGAGUGGACCCCGUCAACGAUCAUGAAAUUAUGGGAAACAACCCUCGAAUCCUGAGGGCGCAGAAGAAAGACCAUGGCGUCGACGAAGAGGAGAGGAUGUUUUUACGGAUGAAGGCAUCAUUGGAGCAAGCUAGUGAAAAACUUUCUGCUUGGGGGAAAGCUACUGAAACGGCAAAGAAAUUCAAAAACGCGCAGUCGUUCAAUUCGAGGACUAAAAUUAUCAAGGAAGUGAAGGAUGAGGAGCCUUACCUGAAAAAACUUUUCCCAGACUAUGACGAUAAAAUGUCCUUGGAGAAGUUUACUGACAUGGUAGUUAGAUCCAACGUGGAAAAUGAUGAGAAGGCGUUUGCAAUUCUAGCUUUCACAAGAUACAAGGAAAGCGUGCGUCCCUCGAAUGUUGUCACAUGA